GAGUCGGGAAUCUUAGCGGCCGCAUGGAACCCAGACGAAUCGUUGCUCGCCAUUAUUACAGGCGAGCAGAAGCUCGUACUCAUGACUUCUGCACUCGAUGUCCUGUCUGAAACGCCACUACACGCGGACGAGUUUGGAGAAGACGCACCUAUCAACGUUGGGUGGGGAUCGAAACAAACCCAAUUUCAUGGAUCUCUUGGAAAAACAGCAGCCCAGGCCCCAUCAAUAACGAAGGUCGGCUCAAGUCCUGAUGACGAUAAUCAACCACGUAUAAGCUGGCGCGGUGAUGGCGCAUUCUUCGUUGUGUCGUCCCUUUCGCCCGAGGAUGCUAAUGGUCUGCGCCAUCGGACGCUCCGUGUUUAUGAUAGACAAGCUGCUCUGCAAUCAACAUCUGAAGCUGUUCCGGGUCUUGAACAUCCUUUGGUCUGGAGGCCUUCUGGUAACCUCAUCGUUGGAACUCAGAGGUUCGGUUUUGAAGGAGGCGGUGCGGGAAAGGAGGGCAGACACGACGUCGUCUUCUUCGAGAGAAAUGGCCUCCGACAUGGCGAGUUUAAUUUGAGAGUCGAACAUCUGGGAGGGAAAGUGGAGGGUCUGGAUUGGAACGCAGACUCCAAUGUUCUCAGUGUCUGGAUCGAGGGAGACGAUGGCGAUAUUGUUCAACUGUGGAGCACGGGAAAUUAUCACUGGCAAGCCCAGAUGUAUCUCAAACAUGAGAUCGCCGCUCCUCUUUCACCUUCGGGACAACCUGGUCGCUUUACAUCCGUCUCUUGGCAUCCAGAAGUCCCCCUUUAUCUAUUGCUAACCACUCAGACGCAACUCAUACAACGAAAAUACGCAUGGGACACAUUUGUCUCUAGAUCUCAACCUCCAAAUGACAGUGGCACAGUUGCGGUUCUCGACGGCUCUACUAUCCUACUGACACCAUUUCGAGUUCAAAAUGUUCCUCCGCCCAUGUCUUCAUAUCAACUCGUGCUCGCUUCUCCACCAUCAGCUUCCGAUUUCAUCAAUAUGAAGACACCAAUACAUAUUAGUCUCUCAUCCCAAGAUGACAUCCUUGCUGUUCUUUGGGAAUCAGGGUACCUGGAGUUGUGGUCUCUAAACACACGUAUUGGUUCCAACUCGGGCCCCGUCAUGGCUCCCAAGAAAAUCCUAUCUGGGUAUGCACGAAACGACACUACGGUCCAAUGGAGACAAAUUGCUUUGCAAAACCCCGCUGAUACACUCCCAACGAUUGUUGUUUUGGGUACCUCAUCAAUUGGGACUGACGUGAUUGCGCGUUUGCACGUCAACGGGAAUGAUGUGACCAAUCUUGAUAAAAUGGCCUGUCCACGGAAUUGUCGACUCUUGAACAAUUCCCCAGACAUAUACCAAACACCGAAGGGAGAUCUUAUAAAAUGUAUAGUCAUCCCCGUUAAAACGGUGAUUCUGCCGUCUAAGGAAAAGGAUGGUCUGUCAAACAGCGUGUUCAUUGGCUUAGGAAAGUCUGGUCAGCUCAACGCGGCAAAAGCCAACUCGGAACCCUCGAUCCUAUCAGGGAAUGUGACUUCUUUCGCUGUCGCUUCAAACUUUGUCAUUUACACGACAAACACACACGAAGCAAUAUUUGUGCCCGUCAAAGAGUUAUCGAACUUCAAAGUUGGAGACGCCGCUUCUACGACGACUUUGUCAAGAAAGCUGGAACGUGGAUCACGGAUUGUCACUGCCGUGCCCAGCUCGAUGAGCUUGGUGCUUCAGAUGCCGAGAGGAAAUCUCGAAACUAUCAACCCAAGACCACUGGUCAUGGAGGUCGUUAAACAAGAUCUUGAUGCGGACUGUAGUGGCAAUUAUCGCAAGGCCUUUUUUGCCUGCCGGAAACAUCGGAUUGAACUCAACGUCCUUGUUGAUCACGAUCAGGCAACUUUCUUGGAACAGGCGUCCUCGUUCGUCAAUCAAAUACCCGAGGUAGAUCACCUUAAUCUGUUCCUAACCUCUAUAGGACGCGGUCCGCAAUCACAAGAUAUAAUUACAAAAGUCUCAGACGCCAUUCGCCUGGAGUUGGAAAAGAUAGACCUGGCAAAGUACAUCAACACAAUAUUGACCGCACACGUCGUGAAAACGCCGCCAGAUCACGAAGCUGGUCUCUUGCAGCUUUUGCGCCUACGAGAAUCUGACCCAAAUUUGGUGGAGGAAGCUGUGAAGUACAUCAUAUUCCUCGUUGAUGCCGACCGGCUUUUCGACACUGCCCUUGGAAUGUAUGAUUUCUCCCUUGUGCUCAUGAUCGCCCAACACGCCCAAAAGGUUGCUAUUUCGUCCCAUCAUAUCAGAGAUGUGUACCAGGAUCCACGAGAGUAUCUCCCAUUCCUGAGAGAACUCCGGGCGCUCGACAAAUAUUAUCAGAGAUUCCGCAUCGACGAUCAUCUUAAGAGGUAUCAGAGUGCUUUGCGGAAUUUGAGCCUCGCUGUCCCCGAGCGGUUUGAUGAAGCCGUUUCGUACAUUGAGCUCCAUCGACUCUAUGAGCUAGCAUUGUCAAUAUGGAAGAACACCGAUCGGUUUGAGGCGAUUUUGGAGUUGUACGGUGAUUGGCUGUUCGAAAGAAGGGAGUUCAAGCAGGCAGCGGAAGUUUUCGUGGAGGCCAACAAGAUAUCGAAGGCUAUGGUAUCCUACGAGAAGUGCCUUCAGUGGCAAGAACUCUUCAACCUUGCUGUUCUUGAAAACGUUGGAGAGGAAAAGCUUGUCGAGAUGGGAUACAGAGUUGCUGAGGAUUUGGUUUCCAAGAAGCGCCAUUCAGAUGCUGGCAGAGUAUUGUUGGAUUAUUCCAAAGAUACCCGUGAGGCGGUCAUAGCAUUCGUCCAAGGCAACAUGUUUUCUGAAGCACGGCGCAUUGCAACUCUUUCAUCCAAAGCUGAGCUCUUGGAGGACGUAAUCCAUCCAGCAGCCUUCGAAAGCCGUGCACAGCUUUCGGAGGAAGUUGGCGAAAUGCAAGCUCAGCUUCGCAAGCAGGUGGAUCGUCUUCGAGAGCUACGCAUCAAAAAGGAAGAGGAACCCGAUGUGUUUUAUGGAACAGAAGAUGUGGCUUUGCAAAAUAUCGACGUGAUGACGGAUGUUUCGAUGCCGGCAACUGCUUUCACUCGUUAUACUGUCGCCCCAACAGCAACGUCAAGGUCAUCAAAUUCCCGGUCCAAGCGGAAAGCUGAGCGAAAAGUGGGAUCUGGACGCAAAGGCACGGUUGACGAGGAGGAAUAUCUCCUCAAAUCCAUUGCCAAGCUUGUCGAGAGGUUUACAGCUGCGCAAGGUGAAGCUCGUAACCUUCUUCCUCAUUUAUUCCAAAUCACGCCGGAUCAUCGUCGGGAGGGGCAAGAACUCCAAAAGGAGAUCAGCGAUUUCGAAGCCGAGUUUAGGGUUGCUGUGGAAGACAUAUGGGCGCGGCCUGUCACUGACGGAGAUGCGGAAGUUCCUGCGCCGGAUACAUGGCUAACGCGGAUGGAGGAAGCGGAGAAGAAAAAGCAGAUAAAUCCAAUUGACAAGGUGUCGAAACCGGAUUUGAGUCAAGGGAAGGGAUGGAGAAUGAAUUUAUUUGAUAUGGAAUGA